AUUCAGUUGGUUGCUAAAUUCAAUUCCGAUCCGGUCAGGUGCGUUGUUCGGCUGAUUCUCAGAUAUUUCCACAGAGCCACCAUGUGCUGUCCAAGUCGCUAUUACCGGAACACGCCGUGCGUGCAGUGCUGUCUCAUCGACUGCAGCUACUGCUGCUUCCGAUCAGACUGUUGUGGCCCCUGCUGUGGGACCACCCUAGUUUGUGCGGCGGGUGCUGUGGAUCUUGCUGCUAGCAGGGCUGAAGAUGGACCACGACAACGCACCCCGACCCGGCGGACUGGCAAGCAUUCUCCAACUGGAUGUAGAAUUUAUUCUCUUUUAUGAACAGCAACAGCAACAGCAACAGAACGAGUAGUAGUAGGCUUCGAAUCGAUUUGGAGCAGCUGUCCAGGUUGACGAGCUGCCGAAUAUCGGCUGGAGCUCAUUCCGACUUUGAGCCUGGUUGUGAACACAUCAAAAAAAGUUUUCAAUCUCCAAAAACCAACAUCUUUUGGAACCCUUUUUUUGUUUGUGAACACCUGUGCUCUCUGUCGAAACCAUCCUCCAUCUCCAUCUCCUGUUCCUGCUCCUACUCCAGCUGACUACGCUCAUCAGGAUGUGCUGCAAUCCCGGUGGCAGCUGCGGUCUGCCCGCCUGUAUCCAGUGCACCAACUUCUGCUUCAACUGCUGGACCGGCACGGCGAGCGUUCCCAGCUGUCGCCCUGGCUACACACCAGCCUGUCCGCUCUAUCGCGGCUGCUGCGGUGGGCCUCGAGGCUGUUGCUAGCUACCCUCCUCGAUGUCUACGAAACUGAGAAAUCAAAUUUACCGUCUCUCAUAGAAAAUCAUCUGUGAAUAAAUCCCAACAAAACAAA